AUGUAUCUGUCGUUGUUCCUUGCUCGGUUGAAGCGGACGCCCCUGGCCGUCGUGUUUCCGAUCCUCUCGCUAAUCAUGGUGUACUUCCUGUUCUUCCCGCGGCAUGGCUCGAUGCUGGGCACGGACGGGUCGGUAACGAACCACAAGUGGGCACACGAGCUGGAGAAAACAUACUACUUUACCCACUCGAGCAAGUACAAGAAGCCGAAGUACACGUACAAUAGCAAGUACAACCGCCUGUAUAGCGACAAGGCGGACGAGAAGGUGCCGGACGACCGGCUGCGCGAGUACGACCUGAACACGCUGCAGUCGACGGCGAUGGCCGCCGCGAACGGCGAGCAGGUGCUGAUUCUGACGCCGAUGCAGAUCUUCCACCAGCAGUACUGGGACAACCUGCUGUUGCUGACAUACCCCCGCAAGUACAUCCACCUCGGGUUCCUGUUGCCCCGGACGUCCAGCGGCAACACCGCGCUGCGGAAGCUCGAGAAGGCGGUGCGGAAGGUGCAGACCGGCCCGAAGGACCAGCGCUUUGGGAAGAUCACCAUUCUGCGCCAGGACUCGCCCUCCUUCAAUAAGCUGAGCCAGAGCGCCAGGCACAGGUUCCACGUGCAGAAGGAACGGCGCAGCGCCAUGGCGCUGGCCCGGAACGAGCUGCUUUUCUCAACGAUCGGGCCGUACACGUCCUGGGUCCUGUGGCUGGACUCAGACAUUGUGGAAACUCCGAACACGCUGAUCGAGGACAUGACGUCCCACAACAAGCCCAUCCUUGCCGCCAACGUGUACCAGCGCUACGUGGAGAACGGCGAGCCCGCCAUCAGGGCCUACGACCUCAACAACUGGGCAGAGAGCGAGCUCGGCCUCAAGAUUGCCUCCGAGCUUCCCGAGGACCAGAUUAUCGUGGAGGGGUACGGUGACGAGUUCGCCACCUACAGGCCGCUAAUGGCCCAUAUGUACAGCGAUAAGAGGCCCAAGGACGAGCUCAUGGCUUUGGACGGUGUUGGGGGCGGCUGUACGCUGGUCAAGGCAGAGGUCCACAGGGACGGUGCAAUGUUCCCGAACUUCCCGUUCUACCAUCUAAUCGAGACCGAGGGCUUUGCUAAGAUGGCGAAGAGGUUGAACUACGAAAUUUAUGGGUUGCCAAAUUAUCUAGUAUACCAUAAUGACAAAUAA